CGACAGCCAACCUUGAUGACCACCUCUUGUUGGCUGUGGUCGUGCUUGUUCUUCAGCAGCGUCUUUUGACUGGUUGUGUCCGUAACGCCACCCCCUCCCCCAUCACAUCAUCACCACGAUGCACAUCCACGUGCGUCCUUAUCGUUGCCGCCUUGACCUCUCCAUGGCGACCUUUGCUGCGCUUGUGUUUGCAACCUGUGUGGCCCUAGUUUGGGCCACGAACGCGCACAUUGAGGAGCGGGAUGGGGAUUUGCACAUCAACACGACAGACGCCGCGCAUCAGCGCAUCUUCUUCAACGGCGUGGAUGUGCUGCACGAGCUUGCGCGCACCGACAUUGCGCUACAGGUGCUCAAAGAUCGCGUGUGCAGUGACCCGCCGCCAAUUGUCGCCGUGCCCGUGCUGGAGGCCGACGUGUCCGGAAUGACAGACCCGCUGUGGGCUGCCAGCGUGGUGGCGCCGAACGGGCUGGUCUUUGGCGUGCCGUUCUCCGCGUCCGCUGCCCUCAUCUUUGAUCCCGCGACGCGGGCCGUGGACCUCACCAGCAUCGCCAGCCUGCCCUCGACGGCGGAGAAGUGGUGCGACGGCGUGGUGGCGGAUGACGGGCGCAUCUUCAUGCUGCCGUUUGAGGCGACGAGCGUGCUCAUCAUCGACCCGGACAGCAAAUCGGCCGACAUCACCUCCAUCGCUACCCUGCCGCCCAGCGUGCGCUGCAUCGGCGGCACCAAGACGCCCUCGGGGAUGAUCAUGGUCAUUCCAGAGAGCGGCGGCGCCAUCAUCCGCAUCAACCCGGAGAACCACGAAUGGCAGCAGUUUGACCCGAUACGUGGCGGUGACCUGUGGACGCGGCCCAUCACCAGCAUGGUUGAUGGCAAAGUCCUCAGCGUGAGCCGUGCGCAGGCGGUGAUGGUCAUUGACAAUACGCCGCUCUUCUCCGCCUCCUUCGCCCAGUUCUCCGCCAGCUCCACGUCAGCGCCGUGGAUUGACCCCAUACAACACCCGACAGAGCUGGUCCUGGCGAGCGUGUCCACGGAUGCAAAGGCGCUGGUAACGGUGAACCUGAAGAACACGGGCGUCAUCGUCGCCACACCACUCACUCCCCCAGAAGGCGGUGCAGUGUUCUCUUCACUCGCCCUCGCCCCCGAUGGCCGCGUGUUUAUGAUUCCGUCAUCGGCAACACACGUCGCCAUUGUCGACGUUGCUGCUCGGACCAUCGACACGUUUGCGCAGACGGACGAAGAGCACCAGUGGUGGCACGCCAUGGUGAUGGGAAUGGGCAAGAUCCUCGCGCUGCCCUAUGAGGUGCCAUCGACCGUGCUGGUUGUGGAUCCGGAACGUGACACACUGACGACACACGCCAUCCCUGACACGGUUCCCAAGGCGGCGCGCUUCUCGUUUCCUUCGUACGCCUCCCCCAACAACGACAACGCCCUUGUUGUCUUCCCAUACUCGGCAGCCAACCACGUUCUUCUCAUCAACGCCCCAGCCAUCGACCUCUGUCUCCAGGACCCAUAACCGCCAUGCACGUUUGUUUGUGCGUUGUGGGUUGUGCGUUGUGAGCUGUGUGAGUUGGGGGGUGUAGGUACAUGC